AUGGCUCAACUUUUCAAUGUUUUCCUACGAAACUCUGCGAGUUUGAGCAAAAAUAAGGCCCUUUUGGCGAAUUUAUCCGCUGUUUACAAUGUGAAUUCACACCGGAAGGGCCAUCGAUGGAUGCCAGAUGCGGAGUACGUCAAGGAUUACCAGGGAGCAGUCAUGUACCCUGAUGACAUCACCAGUGUUAUCAAACACCCAGCUUACAGCGGUCAAGUGAUGCCUGCAGAGAGGCAAGUGAAGAACAUGGUUCUGAACUUCGGACCUCAGCAUCCGGCUGCUCACGGCGUGUUGCGUCUUGUGCUGGAGCUCGAUGGAGAGACGGUCCGCGCAGCCGAUCCCCACAUCGGCCUUCUGCACCGCGGCACAGAGAAGCUUAUCGAAUACAAAACCUAUACACAAGCGUUGCCCUAUUUCGAUCGCCUGGACUACGUGUCCAUGAUGUGCAACGAACAGUGCUACAGUCUUGCGGUCGAAAAGCUUUUGAAUAUCGAUAUUCCAAUCAGAGCUAAGUACAUUAGAACUCUAUUUGCGGAAAUGACCCGCAUUCGAAAUCACAUAAUGGCGGUGGCCACGCAUGCGCUGGACGUCGGUGCUCUCACGCCAUUGUUCUGGCUGUUCGAGGAGCGAGAGAAGUUGAUGGAAUUGUACGAACGCGUCAGCGGUGCUCGGAUGCACGCCGCCUAUGUCAGACCGGGCGGUGUGGCGCUGGAUAUGCCUCUCGGUCUAAUGGACGACAUUUAUGAGUUCUCGAGUAAGUUCUCCGAGCGGCUCGACGAGGUCGAAGAUGUCCUCACCACCAACCGCAUCUGGGUGCAGAGGACGAAAGAUAUUGGAGUCGUCAGUGCACAAGACGCAUUGAAUUAUGGGUUUAGCGGUGUAAUGCUCCGCGGUUCGGGCAUCAAGUGGGAUUUGCGCAAAACUCAACCCUACGACGCCUAUCAUCUGGUCGAAUUCGACGUGCCCAUCGGUACUCAUGGGGAUUGCUACGACAGAUACUUGUGCCGCGUGGAAGAGAUGCGCCAAUCCCUACACAUCAUCGACCAGUGCCUUAACCAGAUGCCACCAGGCGAGGUCAAGACCGACGACGCUAAACUCUGCCCUCCCUCAAGGCAGGAGAUGAAGACUUCCAUGGAAGCCCUCAUCCACCACUUCAAGCUGUUCACGCAGGGCUACCAAGUGCCCCCUGGCAGCACGUACACGGCCAUAGAGGCGCCCAAGGGAGAGUUCGGGGUAUACCUCGUUUCCGAUGGCAGCUCCAAACCUUACAGAUGCAAAAUCAAGGCCCCCGGUUUCGCCCACCUAGCAGCUUUGGAGAAAAUCGGCAAAAACUCCAUGUUAGCCGAUAUAGUCGCGAUCAUAGGCACUCUCGACAUCGUGUUCGGGGAAGUCGACCGAUAACGUUCCCUUAAAAAAUCAUUAAAUACCAGGUAGUGCCGUUAAACGCCAGUCAUUGUGUCAGAUAUGUGUUCAAUUAUUACCACUAAGGCUCA